AUGUCUAGUGUGACAGUUCACCUUAGUGUUUCUGAAGGUUGGAAACUUUGGUACACGCAUAUGCAAGAAUAUGCAAAGAAUAAGAAGGUAUCAGACUUCAUCAAUCUUGAUAAAUCUGAUAUCUUCUCUGAACUAAAAGAACCUCUGAAACCUGAGUAUUCAGAAGAAUUUAUCACAGAAAUAGUAUAUAAUAUCAAGAUCACUGUGUGA